CACCCCUGAGCAGUCAGUCUAGUCGUUUGCAAAGUCUAUAUCCCAGAUACUAUAGGUAAUAGUGAAAAUGGCGGAAUUUCGCCGGUUCCUUGAUUGGGUACCAAAAUUCUCAGACACCACGAGGUCAUGAAAUCUCCGGCUGAACGAUGGUAGUGGUGCUCGUUCCAAUAGUCCCGAUAGUCCCGAUGGCGUUAGGACAAAUUUUAGAAUUGUCCGUCAAAAGUAUCCGGUCGAAAGUGGUAAGGUCGAAGUGCAGAUCCUAAUUGGCAGUGACGGCAUGGAAGACCCGGAAUUUCCAUGCAGCGUGCAAAUCAGCGGGUCCUAGCAACUCUCAAAGCAGCAAUAGUGACUAGGAGUCCGAUUGCAACUAUCCACCUCCCAUAUGGCGCUGAGUCGGAUUGUCGCUGGAUGUUCCUCAUCCCAGAAUCAAGGAAAGCAGUGACAAGGUGAUUAUUUGUGCUACAAUCGUGCUAUUUUGCCACCAAACUUUGAUUGCUGUGCUCACAGUGCCAUUGUCUCCUGGCUGGGAGUUUUCGAGGCAAUGAUGGUGAUUGUGGUCGUGGUGCGCCAGGCAAUUGCGUAUUGCACCAUACCGAUCAUCGCGGAACCGUGAAAACAUCAACUCCAUAAUUCGUAUUCUGUGCCAUACCCUGUAUCCACCAUCUAGUCAUCCGAGGGUUCCAUCCAUAUGGUAUAGUCGAAAUUGCCCCUAUGAGCAAUAAUCUUGUUCGUCCGUAUGGAGUCGACCCGCCCUGCUAGCGAGCAUGAGGUCCAACUGCCAAGUUCGAAUUGAUAGCAAGAAAGAAUUAUCCCUGAUCAUCUGCAGUAUAUAAGGGCAUCAAGUUGCGCCCUUCUGUUGUCUUUCUUCUCUCCAUCCAGCGGCGCAUCGUUCUCUCAUUCCUUCAUUCCUUCGUUCCAACCCAGGUCAUUCUUUAAUACCUACCUGACAUCACUCUUUUGAUACCACUCCUUUGGUCCUUAUUUCUUUUACCAAACCAACAUCAUCAAAAUGAAGGCUUCUUUCAUCACCCUCCUCGCUGCCCUGGCCACCUCGGCCGUCGCCGCCCCUGCUGGUGGUCUCCCCGUUGUCGGCGGCAUCACCAAGACUGUCACCGAGGGCGCCUCUGGCUCUUCCGCCUCCGCCUCCACCACCCCGGUGGCCUCCACUGGCGCUGACGGCCACAUUGUCAAGGAUGCCGGUCAUGGUGUCCACCAGGUCCUGACUGUCACCGGACCUAACGCUAAGAAGCUCCUCGUCGAGCUCAGCCCCGAGGUUGCCGGUCUUCUGGCCGGUCUUGGUCUCCCCGGUGUCGGUACUUCAGUCGGUUCGAUCGUGAAGACUGCCGGCAACGUCGGUGACCUUCUCAAGGACCUUGGUCCCGUUGUUGACGGUCUCCUGACCGUUGUCUCCAAGGAUCUCGGUGCUCUCCUCAUCCAGCUCUCUCCUGAGGUUACUGGCCUCGUCUCCGGCCUUGGCCUUCCCGGUGUCGGUGUCCCCGUUGGCUCCGUCGUUGCCACCCUCGGCGAGAACCUCAAGCGCUCCGCUGACGGCAAGAUCGUCGAGGACGCUGCCCCUAAGGUCAAGGACGUCCUUGAGGUCACUGGCCCCAACGCCAAGCGCCUGCUCAUCCAGCUCAGCCCUUCCGUCGCCUCCCUCCUCUCCAACCUUGGUCUCCCCGGUGUUGGCGAGCCCGUCGGUGAGGUUGUCAAGACCGCUGGCAAUGUUGGUGAUCUCCUGAAGGACCUCGGCGAGCCCGUUGAGAGGCUCCUCACUGUUGUCGGCAACGACGGCUCUCACCUGCUCGUCAAGCUCUCUCCCAACGUCGCUGGUCUUCUCUCUGGUCUCGGUCUCCCUGCUCUGGGUACUUCGGUCGGCUCUGUUGUCGCCACCCUCGGCAAGAACCUGUAA